AAGGGCAGCAGGGAUUCUGACCUUGAACGAUACAGCACUCAAUGGGCUAGGAACCGUUCCUGCUUUUAGCAGGCUAAAAGCAAUUGCGUCUGCAGUGUCCAACUGCAAACACACCAACGAGACAACUUGCUCUAUGGUGACGUACGCAACCAACCUUGAAAGAUGCAGCCAUAAAUAAUCGGUUCUUGGUGUCUGUGAAACAGUUGGUAUUGAAGCGGAGGCUGUAUUAGUACCUGUGAUUAUUGGUGGUAGUGAAGGACGAUCGAUCCGGUGAGUGUUGUUUGUAUUUGUGACGUUUGAGAUUGCUGCACUGUCAACAAACACGGCAUCUGAGGAUGCAACUGCAUCACGAAAUAAUCUUCGUCUUUUUCCGUUUGGUAGUGCAUCUGGGAGCAAUUGAUUGCUAUGUUGCAAGGAUGCCGAAUGGGCCGUGGCGAUUCCGGCAAAGCCAUCCCGAAUCUCCUGUAUUACCGGUGGGACCAAGCUAGCCUUCAUGGCAUCAACAGCAGCUGUGAGGGCUGCCUGAAACCCAACCUGCAUACCCAUGCCCUUGACCGCCUUGCUACGCGGAUUCCCGAUGGCGUUAGUACACCCAAUGCAACUCCAGUGCAGGGAAGCCAUCCGUUUCACUUCAUCGAUGACCGAUAUAGGCACCUUAGUGCACACCAGAUGAUGCCGCUGCAGAUGAACGUCGAAGGAGCCACAAAUAAAAGCCAAAUAUAUCGCGAACACGGUGGUUUUCGUCAGGAACACGAUGGCAGGGUCACGAGACUACACUUAUGGACACACUAAAACUUGUGUUGAUUAUAGCAAAACCAGAUUAUUAUUAUUAUUAUUAUUUAUUAAUCUUC